AUGGCGAAUAAGAAUCUUUUGAAACUGUUCUUCGACCGCCCCACGGAGCCCUGCUUCAUGCAGAAGGGCGAAGAUAAGACAUACUUUCGCAUGCCGUCUAACUAUUUCCCGGAUAAAUAUAAAUCAUCCAGCAAUGUCCUGGAGAACCGAUUCAGUGAUGGCGCUACUCGCACCAUUGAAGUGCGCAACAUCGCGCUGCCCAACCUCUCACUGCCCAUGGAACUGGCCUACAACGAGCAGUUCUCCCUUUUCGUGCCCAAGCACAGGAAGAUGGCUGGGAGGCUGAUCGACAUCUUCAUGAACAUGCGUGAUGUGGACGAUUUGCUGUCUAUCUGCUCCUACUGUCAGAUGAGGAUCAACCCUUACAUGUUCAACUACUGCCUCUCGGUCGCCAUUUUACACAGAGACGAUACCAAGGGUCUGGACAUUCCGACCUUCGCAGAAACCUUCCCUGACAAGUUCAUGGACCCCAAGGUGUUCAGGCGUGCUCGUGAAGUGAGCACCGUCAUGAAGCCUGGUGAUCGGCUCCCGGUAGUGAUCCCGCAAAACUACACAGCGUCAGAAAGUGAGCCAGAGCAACGCGUGGCUUACUUCCGUGAAGAUAUUGGCAUCAACCUUCACCACUGGCACUGGCAUCUGGUCUACCCCUUCGACGCGGAGGUCCGCUCCAUCGUUGACAAGGACAGACGUGGGGAGCUGUUCUACUACAUGCACCAGCAGAUCAUCGCCAGGUACAGCACAGAACGACUGUGCAACGGUCUCGCCCGGCCUCGUCGCUAUAACGACUUCCGGCAACCCAUCGAGGAAGGAUACUUCCCUAAGCUGGACUCCCAAGUAGCCAGCAGAUCCUGGCCACCACGUUUCGCGGGCUCCACCAUUCGUGACUUGGAUCGCCCAGUAGACCAGAUCCGCAGUGAUGUCUCCGAGCUGGAGACCUGGAGGGAACGCUUCAUACAGGCAAUAAACGACCUGGCUAUUAUCCUGCCAAACGGUCGUCAAAUGAAACUUGACGAGGAAACCGGUAUCGACGUCCUCGGAAAUUUGAUGGAGUCAUCCAUCAUCAGUCGCAACCGUGGCUACUACGGCGAUCUCCACAACAUGGGGCACGUCUUCAUCUCCUACACUCAUGACCCUGAUCACAGGAACUUGGAGCAAUUUGGAGUAAUGGGUGAUUCGGCCACGGCUAUGCGAGACCCCGUGUUCUACCGCUGGCAUGCCUACAUCGACGACAUCUUCCUACUUUACAAGAACAAGCUGCCGCCUUAUCCACAAAACAAGCUCGACUUCCCCGGUAUUCGCGUGUCAGGCGUGAGUGUGGAAGGGCCGGGGGGCCAGGGGGUGCUGACGACGCAGUGGGAGCAGAGCACGGUGGACCUCGGCCGGGGACUGGACUUCACUCCUCGGGGGAGCGUCCUCGCCCGCUUCACACAUCUCACACACGACAACUUUAACUACGUUAUUCAAGUAAACAACACUAGCGGAGCUGGAGUGAUGGGCACGGUGCGUUUGUUCAUUGCCCCGGUGCGAGACGAGCAGGGCCGACCGCUGGCCUUUAGCGAGCAGAAGAGGCUGAUGAUCGAGCUCGACAAGUUCACGCAGUCCAUCCCCGCUGGCAGUAGCACCUUCCGUCGCUCAAGCUUGGACUCAUCUGUGACCAUUCCCUACGAGCGCACGUUCCGCGCCCAGAGCGCCCGCCCCGGAGACCCGGGCUCCGUUGAAGCGGCGGAGUUCGACUUCUGCGGCUGCGGCUGGCCGCACCACAUGCUCAUCCCCAAGGGGACCGCUCAGGGCUACCCCAUGGUGCUCUUCUGCAUGAUCUCCAACUGGAACGAUGACAGAGUGGCUCAAGACCUGGUUGGCGCCUGCAACGACGCAGCCUCGUACUGCGGCAUCCGCGACCGCAAGUACCCGGACCGCCGCCCCAUGGGCUUCCCCUUCGACCGCCCCAGCCCAGCUGCCUCCCUUCGAGACUUCCUUACUCCCAACAUGGCUAUCUCAGACUGCACGAUCCGAUUCACCGACGCCACCCGCAUACGAGGACAGCAGGGAUUUAAAGAAAUAAAACGAGAUACCCGACAAAAGCGAUCCUGCGGGUGUUCGGACUACGGACCGGCAGACAUUGAUGCUCUGAUUAGGAAACCAUACUAUUAUAUCAAAUGUAAUCAUAAAAAUCAUAUAUUUUAAACUCACGACUGUUUUUACAACUAUAAUCUAAACAGCUUAUAAAGUUUUUAACAACAAUUAUACUUUUUCAUGUAACUGUAAAUUUUGUUGUUUAAUGCAAUUAGUUGUUGUUACUGGUAGACUCGGCAAGGAAACUGGAUAUUUGAUUUAAUUUUAAGUUUUGGGUCACUUAUUAUAAUCUAUUAGAUAAUAGUUAUGUACAUAUGUAAAUACUUUUUAAUUCAUAAGACUGAAUAAAUUAGCCUUUCACAAAAAAAAAAAAA